AUGUUAGGAUCAACAUGUACUAAUGGCGGAGGAGGUGGUGGUGGUGGUGGAUCAAGUGUUUUAUCGUGGAAAGAGCAUGUUCUAGAUGAGAUUCCUGUUGCUGCAGAAGAUAUAGGAGAUGCUAUAACGUGUCUUCUUCAUACUAUUUUAUUUACAAGAGCACCUGGACCUGUUCGUCCUAGUGAAGCCUCGUGUCAGGCGUUUCCUAAUAUUACGUACGCUUUGUGUGCAGUCGGAGACGUCAGUCGUAAAGUUGAUAAUGCAGUACGGAGUUUUGAAGAGAUGGUCGUCGUAGGAAAUGGGAGUAAUUACUUGAUGGGAGUUAGUAAUAAUCCGAUGACCCCAUACGGGCAACCGUCACUGACGUCCAUGGGUGCAAGUAACAACGACGUUCGUGGUGCUAAUAGUGGGUACGUCGUCGUCACUUUUUUGGAACGCAAAGUAAAAAAAGCACUUUUUGGACUCAUGUCCAAUGAGGAAAAGACAGUAUUUGAAAAGUGGAUUGUGCCAGUUACAGUGACCUCGUCACCUGCUGCAUCACAAGAAGAAAGAGAAUUGUGUGCAGGAGAGACGGAAGCAGCACUGCAGAAUGCAUUGUUGCAUGUUCUGACGGCAGUGCAAAGCAUUGAGCACAUUCCAGUUGCAAUGUACGACUUUGAGAUCCGGACUUUUAAGAGUUUGGAAGCUGCACAGACUGAUAAUGGCUAUGGAGCAGGAUUGGGAAGUACUAGUGUACGUCUCAUGCCGUAG